AUGCAAUUCUCAAUAAUUUUCAGGCGAUAUUUGCAUGGAAAAUACUUACGGGUUGUAUUGUUACUGCUUGUAAUAUCUGUAACGACAAUAUUCUGCUCAUUUAAGAUAGGCGAUACCUCACUGCUAGUCCCGAAAGGCAACUCUUAUAGCGAAAAAGGUAAAAAUUCGGUGAAAACGUCUGCAGAGCCUACCUCGAACUCCAAACUUCGAACUGGACAGGACAUCAUUUUGACACUCGCAAGAAAUUCCGAGUUAGAAGACAUGAAAGAUUCGAUCAUAUCAUUUGAGAGAAGCUUUAACUCGAAAUUUCAUUACGAUUGGUGGUUUAUGAAUGACGAAGAGUUUGAUCAAGAGUUCAAAUCAGUGGUGAAAUCACUGGUUUCAGGUGAUGUAAAGUUUAUUAAGAUCCCAAAAGAGUAUUGGUCAUAUCCGGAACACAUCGACCAGAAGAAGGCAGCAUCGAGCAGGAAUGAGUACGAAAAGAAGAAAGUCAUGUACGGCAAGAGUGAAUCAUACAGGUUUAUGUGCCGCUUCAACUCCGGUAUGUUUUACAAACUGCCCGAGCUAGAGGGCGUAGAUUAUUAUUGGAGAAUCGAACCAGCUGUUCGCUUUGAUUGUGACAUUACCUAUGACGUUUUUCAGUACAUGAGAGAGAACGAUAAACAAUAUGCUUUCAGUAUGGCAUUGCAAGAGGACAUUCGAACUAUUCCUAGUCUUUGGGAUGUCACCAAGGAAUUUUUUAAAGAUAAUCCGGAAUUAAUAGCACCUGGUAAUAGUAUUGAUUUUGUCACUGAUGAUAGAGGAGUUUCGUAUAAUUUGUGUCAUUUUUGGUCGAAUUUUGAAAUUGCCAGUCUUGAAUUCUUUCGCGAAUCAGGUUACGAUGAAUAUUUUAAAUUUUUGGAUGAAAGAGGAGGAUUUUUUUAUGAGCGAUGGGGUGAUGCACCAGUGCAUACUAUAGCUGUCAGCGUUCUGCUACCUGCCGAAAAGAUUCAUUUUGUAGGGAAUACUGGUUACUUCCAUAACCCCAACCAAGACUGUCCUAGGAAUAGCGAACUAAGAAGCUCACUAAAAUGUCGAUGUGAUCCAAGCACAGAUUUUACGUGGCACAAAUGGAGUUGCGUCAACAAGUUUUUCGAGAUCCACAACUAUGUACGACCAGAUUCGUUAGACAAUAUCAAGAAAUAUUAUCCCACAAUAUAUGAAACCAUAGAUCUGCACGAAAGCAAAGAUACGUAA